CUCACCUUGCCGGCCCCCUGAGGCCCUUAGAGCUGUGUGGGUGAGCUCCUGGGAAGGCGCUGGCUCUGAGGGGCCCCGGCCAGGGCCUGCCCCGGGGGCCCAGGGAGAAGGGCAGCGGGCGCCUGGAAGAGCUGAGCCGGAGGCUACCGCAGGGAGCUGGAGCCUCAGGGAGCAGAGCCGGCGGGACGAGGACGGGGGCCGGCCACCCACAGCCCACCCAGUCAUGGACACGUGAGGGAGACCCAGGCCCGGCCAGCCCCACAUCCCCUCCCCGCAGCGAGCAGCUGGCACACACCCAGGGUUCGUGGCCAGGCAGCACCUCCUGCUGUGGCUCGGCCACAGGAGGAAGCAGCUCCAGGGCAUGUUCCGGGCCACGAGCCACGGCCAGCACGGCCACAACGUGGACAGUGUCCUGGCACCUGGUGAGCAGGGCUGGGGAUGGAUGAGGUUGGCCCUGCAUACUUUGGGGGGACGUGGGUUCACACCAAACCUCACUGCUCCGGGCCAGGGCCCCUCAGACGACAGCGGCAGCCACCCAGCCUGGCCAUUGUGGGGGACGUGGACCCCGAGGAGCCCACAGAUGCCCAGGGGCCGGCCCAGCGUCCUGGGAGCCUCGGUGAGCAGGUGCCCCGAGGUUCCCUCAUGGUGCGUGUCGGAGGUGGCUGGGUGGCCCUGGAUGAGUAUCUGGUCAAGAAUGACCCGGGCAGAGCGAAGGGAAGGACCAGCCAGAAGAUCCAUGAGAGGUUCCUGUCCUGGGCCGUGGUCCCCAGCAGGCCGGCCCCCAAGGUCACGUCCCCCAUCCUCAGAGCCCCCAGCUGUCUCCUGCCCAGGAAGACGGGACUGGGAGCCUGCUGGGGACACAGGGACCCCAGCUCUUCAAGGUCAAGGCCAAGGAAGGGCACACGGAAGGGAACUGCUCAGGACAGCCUGGCUCGGCCCACUCAGGAUUAAGCAGCAGCUCGGGAAGCCGGCCCCAAGGGAGUGAGCAGGCGCGCACACAGCCACAGAGAGGGGGGAGGGGUGGGCCACUCGGAGACCGCCCCGGCCCUCCAGUCCUGCUCGGGCAAUAAAGUCGCGUUUUGCAAAGCAAACCCGUGUGUCCCUGUCCCGACAGGUCCGUAUUUCCCUUGCAAACUCCAUUCAAAUGCCGGCAAAUGCCGUCCUGGCGGGCGUGAAACG